AUGACUAUGACCCACGCAGUGCUGGCCUUCUCAAUGCUGUGUGCUCCUCUUGUUACACCUGCCACAGCGUGCAGCAUGGGAGACGGCAGUGCUUGCAACCUUGGCGUCACAGAUGGCACGACUCUGAUCCAGACGCGGGAGGCAGGCAAGGCCAUGGAUUUCCACCAGGAUAGCCAGGCUUCCGAAACGGAAAGAGCAAGAGAAGUGGCCUCACUUCCAGGCUCUGCCUGGACAGCUCAGGAAAUCGCGACGGUGAAGAGGAAACUUCGGAGGAUGAUGAAAAAUCCCAGUAAAGCCAUCUCAGAGGCGAACAUCCAGGUCGAAAAGGCGAAUCGCUAUGAGCCGAAUCCUGCCAAGGUCGUGCGUCUUGUUUUCCAUGACUGCAUGAAGUAUACAGAUGGUACUGGGGGCUGCGAUGGCUGUCUGGAUUGGCAGGGAGUCGGUCGUCGCUCGGAGCUGGCUGACGACGGCCACAACAACGGACUUUACGUUGUCGCUGAGGCGCUCGAGCACAUCUACACCAGAACAGACUACCCGAGCGGCGCUCCUGUCCUCGAUCACUCCUUGAAAAGUACCAAUAAGUCUCGGGCAGAUCUGUGGGCCCUCGCAGGUACUGUGGCCGUGCAGGUGGCCAUGGAGCUGAACAACAAGGUUUGUGACGCUCCAAGCAGGGGUGCUGAGGGUCAAUACCAUCCCCGCUGGGGCCAAUCAGAUUGCAAGGUCGCAGCGCCCCGGAAAAUCAUCUUCAAGACAGGCCGCCGAGAUUGUUCCGGGCAUCCUUUUGAAGAGGCCUUCGAGCCUGCUUUGCAAGGAAUCGAGAGGAGGUCCUACAUGACGAACAAGCGUGAAGCUCACCCAGAUCCACAUGCGGACGGCUGGAAGACCUUGGCAUACUUCAAGAACAACUUUGGUUUCAACAGACGAGAAGUCGUAGCAAUCAUGGGUGCCCACACCAUAGGAACUUUUCACGUAGAAGUUUCCGGCUUCAAGUAUAACUGGAAAUUCUCCCACAAGAUCUUCAACAAUGGCUACUACCGGCUCCUUACACUGAAGCGUGACUGGUCCCAGACUGGCAUAGUCGUCAACGGCCAGAGGCUCAACUACAAAGACAUCAAUGGCGAGCAUCCUCCUGGAGUAUGGGCUGCCGAGGAGUGGCGUGAACUGCCCAAUGGUGGCCCAUUCCAAGUAGUCAAAAAGAAGGUCGCCUGCACUCCUUGCGAUGCCCCUCCUGGCCAUGCCUGGUGGGACAAGUGGUCAGUGCCUCGUUUCGGUAGGCCUGUCAUGAACCACACUUUCUGCUGCACAAACCUGAAGGAGGGCCAUUUCUGCAACCCUCAAUGCGUGCAUGAGUUCGAUGAUGAAGGCAUUCAUGAAACUAUGCUGCCCAGCGACCUCAGCAUGCACAGAAAGCUUUUUCAAAACGAUGACGGGGUGCCGCAAGGCUGUGGACGGUGGAACGGGAAAUGGAAGGGAUCCGUGGACUGUGGCGACGCAUACUUCGUUUUGGCAGAUGUUGUUGAAGAGUUUGCAAACAACCAGACUUCCUGGCUGGCGGAGUUCUUCGACGUAUACGAGAAGAUGCUGUCCAAUGGCUACGCUGCUGAUGAGCUCACUGGUGUAAGGGCUGCGGCGCUCUAG